AUGGCCGACGCGGCGGCCCCAGGGCAGUCGGCUGAGGCAGGAACCCCCGCGCAAUCGCCCGAGGAAGAGGCUUCGGCUCGUGGUAUGGAUAUCUUUGGCGAGGAGGCUCUGGAUUGGUCUUCAAGUGGCUUGCCGCCGAACUUCGUCUGUGUCAAGUGCGACGAGGAGUGCCCAAUCAAAGACUUAUCUGCGUCUGGCGCGCGCAAGACUGCCACGAAGCUUCCGAACAACCCAGUCGAGCUGAUCUGCAACAACACGUACAAGGGCCUUGCAAAGCGAUGGAAGAAAGAAAAACAGCUCAAGCCUUGGUACGAUAACCUGUCGCCUGACGAAUCAAUCGAAUUCUAUAGGAAGCAUAAGCGGAUUGCACAAAAAGCAGGUGGCAGCCAGCGCGGGCAGAAGAGGAACUUCCAGGUCGAUGUGGUCCAGCAGGAGCGGAACGUCACUGGCACAGAGAAGAGGAGGAGGGUCCUUUGGAGGCCGUUCAGCGUGUGGAAGAAGGAUGAGCUCAAGCAGCACCCCGACCUUGGCGACAGGGAUCUUCUCACCAACUGGAGGAAAGCCUUGCUUACCGCAGAUAUCACUAAGAAGUUCGGCGAAGAGUGGCACAUCGGCGAGUAUAUUGGCAUCGUCGACGACGACGUCCAGGGCUCCUUCACCGAAGUUGGCGUCCGUAGCGCUACCAUGGCCGAGAACUCGGAUGAGCUGGCCGAGGCGAUGGCAAUGGCGAGCAGAGUGCAUCAACGAGCCACCCAGGAGCGGUCCGCCAACGGCCCAGCGGCCGUUCUUGCAUCCUCGUCCGAGGGCCCUGCCAUCGACCCGCAGUACAUCUCCAACAUCAUGGAGGACGACAGCCGCCUGGACUCCUCCGAGGCUGGCAUUCAGGCGGUUACCGAGCGGUUCGCCGCUCAGGAGAGGGCGCAGAAGGAGCUCGAGGCACUCCACAUGGAGGAGCUCGUGGAGGCUGAGAAGUACGACGCGCCCACUGAUGAGGGCAGCUCCGCCCAGCAUGCGGAUCUCAACGUCUACGACCUCGAGAACGAGCACCGCAAGUGGGCGGCGAAGCUGGACACCGCUGCAGACGGCGCCUCCCCUGAGUGCGAGAGCAUGGUUACCCACGUGAAGGACGUGAUGUUCAAGGGCAUUGAUAUGCCCUCCGACUUCAAGCUCGCGGUGGAUGCGGCCAACGCGGCUUCCAAGGAUAUGGACGAUGCCAGGAUGGUCGUGCUCAAGAAGCUCAGCGACCACCUGGAGGAGGUCAGCGAGAAGGUACGCAGCAAAUCCCUUUCUAUCAACAUCGCCGACGCCAAGGUGGCUUUCGCCACGAUGUGCAAGGACUUCCUGGGCCCACAGGGCCAGGUGGCUUUGCUUAGGAAGCGUCUCACAACCAUUCGCCAGUUGGUCCAGAAGCACCACCAGGGGGCCAUGAAGGCAUCGAAAGCUGAGAAGGCGAGGGCGAAGAUGAACGUUUCUGCCGAGGUGGUGAAACAGGACGGUGUUGGCACGGCCAUGUCCUACAUGUACAACACGGCGUGGGUGUCCAAUGCGCGGAAGGACCAUGGCCUUCUCGAUGCGACCCUCAAGUUCAGGGACUCGGAGGGGGGUUGCGUGAAGUACACCGCGAGCGAGCAGACGAUCCAGAAGAUCGAUGAGAACAAGGGCUUCCAGGGCUUCAUCACGUGGUUCGCCGAUCUGGCGCAGAAGAGCUCGAAGCCAAGCACGGCUGCCGUGAUCAGCAACCCGUCCGUCACCAAGUUCUUGAGGAACACGCUGAAGGACACGACCCCGAUGAAGCUUGAUCUGUUCCAGCGCCCGGUGUUCCACGAUAAGGAGUACAAUGACAUGAUGGCCGCACUGUUUGACCUUAGCCAUUGGUCCCACUGCGAGGGAUAUCUUAAUGUGGCACCUGCAGCGUACGGUUUGGCGGAGGUCCGCGUGGUGUUGUCUGGGCUCCUUGUCAUAAUCGGUGUCAAGUUCAAUGCGGCUGAUCCCAUUUCGGCUAAGAUUGCCGAGAUCUCAAAUCUCUCAGGCAGUGAGCUUGCAGGCAAGGCAGUUGAGGCGGGUAAUUUCUUUUGCGUGUGCAAGCCUGGUGACAUUGUGUGCUUGCCAGCAGGGUACAUCUUGUCGGUUUCGUCGCCAGAGCGCUCGACUGGCCUGAAGUGGGCUUUGCCUCCGAAGUCGGAUUCUGAGAAAGAUCAGGUCCGUGCGGUGUCUUCCGCGCUGCUGGACGCCUUCCCAGCUCUGCGCGGCACGCACUAUGGUCUCUGGCAGAAGUACCUCCAGAGCGCCCCAGCUUAG